AUGUCCCACCAUGACAGGAAGUACCAAAUUUCCUCCACACCCUCAUACAGAGAUGAAGGCAGAAAGUCUCUGGCAGCUCAUGUGGAUGUGAAUUCAGCAGCAGCUAACAAGGUCGUUGUGGACUCUGCAAUGGAUCAGUGUGAGGACAGAGAGGAGGGAGACCCUCCCCCUGAAACCUCUCUGUGUGGGGAACAUGACAGUCAGACCAAAGCUCAGAGGAUGCUGCAGCAGAGACCAGACUCCCCAGAAAGUAAACCAGAAUCUGGACCAGAAUCCAGCUGUGUGUCCAUGAAGAGUGACCGGUCUAUGGGUUUCCCUGCUAACUUUAAAGUUGGACAACUUGUUGAUAAAAGGAGGAAUCUGGAAAAACCUGAACCCAGCUGUGUGUCCAUGAAGAGUGACCAGUCUAUGGGUCCUCCUUUACACUUCAAAGAUGGUAGCCACUCUGUUGAUCAAAGUAGGAAGCUGGGAAAACCUGAACCCAGCUGUGUGUCCAUGAAGAGUGACCAGUCUAUGGGUCCUCCUUUACACUUCAAAGAUGGACGCCACUUUGUUGAUCAAAGAGUGGACCAGGAGAGCUCAGAGGUUCCCGGUGGUCACUCUGCCCAGCAGCAUCAAACACACCUGGACUCCAUAUUUCUGCUGCUGAAGGAGAACAUCAUCACUUUUGUGAAGAAUGAGCUGGAGAAGAUCCAGAAGGUUCUGAGUCCAGAUUACCCAGAAUGCUUAGAGAGUCAGAGCAAGUAUAAAGACGUGUUGGAGGGUGAGGAUGAGGAGCAGAGGAGGAGAAGCAGAGAGGAGUUUCUGAAGAUCACACUUCACUUCUUGAGAAGAAUGAAGCAGGAAGAGCUGGCUGACUGUCUGCAGAGCAAAACUUGUGUUCCAAUGGACCGACGCAAACUAAAGUUUAACCUGAAUAAGAAGUUCCAGUGUGUGUUUGAGGGGAUCUCUAAAGCAGGAAACCCAACCCUUCUGAAUCAGAUCUACACAGAGCUCUACAUCACAGAGGGAGGAACUGCAGAGGUCAGUGAUGAACAUGAGAUCAGACAGAUUGAAACAGCAUCCAGGAAACCACACAGACCAGAAACAACAAUCAGACAAGAAGACAUCUUUAAAGUCACACCUGGAAGAGAUGAACCAAUCAGAACAGUGCUGACAAAGGGAGUGGCUGGCAUUGGGAAAACAGUCUUAACACAGAAGUUCACUCUGGACUGGGCUGAAGACAAAACCAACCAGGACAUCCACUUCACAUUUCCAUUCACUUUCAGAGAGCUGAAUGUGCUGAAAGAGAAAAAGUUCAGCUUGGUGGAACUUGUUCAUCACUUCUUUCCUGAAACCAAAGAAGCAGGAAUCUGCAGGUUUGAAGAGGUCCACGUUGUGUUCAUCUUUGAUGGUCUGGAUGAGUGGCGACUUCGUCUGGACUUCCACAACACUGAGAUCCUGACUGAUGUCACAGAGUCAACCUCAGUGGAUGUACUGCUGAUAAACCUCAUCAGGGGGAAACUGCUUCCCUCUGCUCGCCUCUGGAUAACCACACGACCUGCAGCAGCCAAUCAGAUCCCUGCUGACUGUGUUGACAUGGUGACAGAGGUCAGAGGGUUCACUAACCCACAGAAGGAGGAGUACUUCAGGAAGAGAUUCAGAGAUGAGGAGCAGGCCGGCAGAAUCAUCUCCCACAUCAAAACAUCACAAAGCCUCCACAUCAUGUGCCACAUCCCAGUCUUCUGCUGGAUCUCUGCUACGGUUCUGGAUCUUUUGAAUACCAGAGAGGGAGGAGAGCUGCCCAAGACCCUGACUGAGAUGUACAUCCACUUUCUGGUGCUUCAGUCCAAAGUGAAGAACAUCAAGUAUGAUGAAGGAGCUGAGACAGAUCCACACUGGAGUCCAAAGAGCAGGAAGAUGAUUGUGUCUCUGGGAAAACUGGCUUUUGAUCAGCUGCAGAAAGGAAACCUGAUCUUCUAUGACUCAGACCUGACAGAGUGUGGCAUCGAUAUCAGAGCAGCCUCAGUGUACUCAGGAGUGUUCACACAGGUCUUUAGAGAGGAGAGAGGACUGUACCAGGACAGGGUGUUCUGCUUCGUCCAUCUGAGUGUUCAGGAGUUUCUGGCUGCUCUUCAUGUCCAUCUGACCUUCAUCAACUCUGGAGUCAAUCUGAUGGCAGAAGAACAAACAACCUCCAAACCUGAACCAACAAGUCUCUACCAGAGUGCUGUGGACAAGGCCUUACAGAGUCCAAAUGGACACCUGGACUUGUUCCUCCGCUUCCUCCUGGGUCUUUCUCUGCAGACCAAUCAGACUCUCCUCAGAGGUCUGCUGACACAGACAGGAGGUAGCCCACAGACCAAACAGGAAACAGUCAAAUACAUCAAGAAGAAAAUCAGUGAAGAGCUUUCUCCAGAGAGAAGCAUCAACCUGUUCCACUGUCUGAAUGAACUGAAUGAUCGUUCUCUAGUGAAGGAGGUCCAACAGUCCCUGAGAUCAGGACGUCUCUCCACAGAUAAACUGUCUCCUGCUCAGUGGUCAGCUCUGGGCUUCAUUUUACUGUCAUCAGAAACAGAUCUGAAUGUGUUCGUCCUGAAGAAAUACUCUGCUUCGGAGGAGGCUCUUCUGAGGCUGCUGCCAGUGGUCAAAGCCUCCAACAUAGCUCUGCUGAGUGGCUGUAACCUCUCAGAGAGAAGCUGUGAAGCUAUGUCCUCAGUCUUCUGCUCCCAGUCCUCCAGUCUGAGAGACCUGGACCUGAGUAACAAUGACCUGCAGGAUUCAGGAGUGAAGUGUUUUUCUGCUGAACUGAAGAGUCAAUGCUGCAGACUGGAAACUCUCGGUCUGUCAGGCUGUAUGAUCACAGAGGAAGGCUGUGCUUCUCUGGCCUCAGCUCUGAGCUGCAACCCCUCCCAUCUAAGAGAGCUGGACCUGAGCUACAAUCAUCCAGGAGACUCAGGAGAGAAGCUUUUGUCUGCUGGACUGAAGGAUCUACACUGGAGACUGGACACACUCAGGGUGGACCAUGGUGGACUGCAGUGGUUGAGACCUGGUCUGAGGAAGUAUGUCUGUGAACUUGAACUGGACACAAACACAGUACACAGAUUCCUCAAACUGUCUGACAACAACAGGAAGGUGACACGUGUGAAAGAGGAUCAGUCAUAUCCUUAUCAUCCAGACAGAUUUUACUACUGGUCUCAGCUGCUGUGUAGAACUGGUCUGACUGGUCGCUGUUACUGGGAGGUUGAGUGGAGAGGAUGGGUUCAUAUAUCAGUGAGUUACAGAGGAAUCAGCAGGAGAGGAAUAAGUACAGACUGUGUGUUUGGAUGGAAUGAUCUGUCCUGGAGUCUGCGGUGCUCUGAUGUUGAUGGUUACUCUGUCUGGCACAAUAACAGAAGAACAGUCCUCUCCUCCUCCUCCUCCUCCGCUGGUAGAGUAGCAGUGUAUGUGGACUGUCCUGCUGGCACUUUGUCCUUCUACAGAGUCUCCUCUGACACACUGAUCCACCUCCACACCUUCAACACCACAUUCACUGAACCUCUUUAUCCUGGGUUUGUGGUGUUGUUACCUGGUUCCUCAGUGUCUCUGCAUCCUCUGUAGGUCUGAGAGUUUCUCCUGUAGACAGAAACUCUACUGACUAAAGAUCAGCUGCAGAAUUAGACUAAUAUGGGCUUACUUUUUUGUCUGCAUUAUGCAACAAAAUAGGUUUGAUUGCAAAACGCCCCUCAUAGACUUUAAGAACUAAACAAUACAUUUUUUGUUGUAAAUCUAAAAAAAUGUUUGAAUUAAAUCUAAAUGUUUCCUUUACAAAAAAAUGUUUGCAAAUCUGAAAGUCUUUUUUUGUAAAUUGUUCUGUCAAUUUCUGAAGAACAGAGGACUGACACCAGGAGAGCGGAGUUUGUGGUUUAUUCAAGCUCCUGCAAGAGGAUGCUUCACAUAGUAACAAAGAAUGUGGCAGCUGGAGCAUGCAGAGUCUUCCUGUGGUCCACCUUUAUACACACCCACAUCAGCAUUACAGAUACAACUGUAGGUCAUAUCCCCAGACUGCACAUAAAUAAUUGACGUAGUCAUGGUGACGUCACCCGUUGGCUUGUGGUCCAUUUGAAGCAUUUACGUACAUCGCCAUAUUUGUUUUUUGAAACCGGGAGAGACCAUAUUCGAACUGGGGAGGCUUGAGGACGGGCGUAGACCCCAAACCCCAAAACACCUGUUUCAAAGAUCUUGAAAAUGUCAAAUACAUUCUGAACCUUAUCAGACGGUCCAAUAGGUGGUGUAAGAAAUGUCAGUUUACCAUCUCUAGCAUUUUCCCCAUUACAUAAAUCCAAGUUGUUUUUUGUUUUUUUGCUCAUGUAAACUUUGUGCUUACAUUUAAAGUUUUGGACUCAACCCUUUUCUCCUUAAAUAUCUACUACUACUUUUUCUGCUAUUAGUCCAUAUCAUCAGUAUGUUCCAAACUAUCAUAUUUAUGUCAAAAUAAAACUAA